AUGACCGUCUUCGUGGAUGUCAGCGGAAUGUCCUGCCUGGGCGUGGACUGCUAUGGUGGCAUGGAGGAGUACUAUGCCAAGCGGGAUGGAAAGGAGCCCCCCGUCAAUUACUACAGGCCUCGCAUCGGUAAUGUCGCACCCCGCACGGACGGCUGGACGCCCGCCCGGGCCAACACGCAGACGCCGCCACGCACGGGUCCGGUGAGCGGGCAGUGUGCGGCCAGCCCUGUGCCCUCGUGGCGCGCCAGCCCCAACAGGCAGGUCAUCUGA